AUGAUGACUGAAGGUGUGCAACCGACAGGCGAAAUUGCUGUCCGAAGGGUUGAACCACUUGCAAUCGAGAUUUCCGGAGAGCCGAGAGUAGAUUCAGUUGACGCAUUUUGUGAUAGGUAUUGCUCCGAGAAUAUGGAGACGAAAACUAAAAUCUAUAUUUCUCUUUUGUUGAUCCUUCCUUCCCUCAUAUAUUUUCUAGUUUCUAUUAAUUUAAGCCAUCCGAAAAGAUCACACGUUGAGCUUCAGCACUUUGAAGCACCACUCAUUCUAAACAUUACAACGUUUUCUGAAGAUAGCUUCUCCGCAGUGGAGUACGCGGAAGCAUUCGAUAUAGCUGUCAAGGAGUCUAUCAGGAGAUAUGUAUCUGCUGCCAGUUCAACUCGAAGAGAGUUAGAUGAUGAAUCUACAGUUGCUCUGCUUCGAAGAUCGUAA